GACUCCAUGCUGGCGUGAUGCCGCACCGGAGAUCGGCCACCGUCGAACUUGAGCUUCUUGAACUUUUUCCUUUCGACGAGACCCACUGGCGGAGCUGGGCGUAAAAACAGUCACGUGUCGUUGGCUUCCACCCUGAGAGCAUCGGAGCUCGCCGAUGAGCUUCUCAACCAAUGCGAGUGAACUUACGCCGCCCUCUGUCGCUCACUCAAACCUUGUUGACGAUCCGUGUUUGUGGAAAGCAGCGUGUUCGCAGCUCGGCCGCCUCCGCUUGAUAGUGCUCCGAUAACCUUGCGUCUCGGGCGCUAUAACUAUCGUCACCACCCAGCGGUCGUAGUUCUAAGCAUCCACCCCUCAGUCUUUAAUUGACCCCAGUAGCUUGCCUUCUUGCUAGUCACGCUUCGUGUUCUAUCCAAACUCAAUCACGAUGUCUCAACUUAGCUAUGCCCGCUACGGAAAGGACAACGUCCGCCUUUACAAGGUUGAUAAGGACCCCAAGACCGGCAUUCACACUGUUGUAGAGCAGACCGUCCGCAUUCUGCUCGAGGGAGAUAUCGAGACCUCCUACACCAAGGCAGACAACUCGGUUGUUGUUGCAACAGACACCCAGAAGCAGACCACCUACAUCCUCGCCAAGCAGAACCCCAUCGAUCCUCCUGAGCAGUUCGCCGCAAUCAUUGGCGACCACUUUGUCAACACCUACCCUCAUAUCCACGCCGCACACAUUAAAAUCAUCCAGCACCGAUGGACUCGCAUGGAGAUCGACGGCAAGCCUCACCCACACUCCUUCUACCGCGACGGUGACGAGAUCCGUGUUGUCGAGGCAGUCACAAGGGAGGGACAAGGCUCAUCUAUCCGCUCGAAGAUCGAGAAGCUCCUUGUACUCAAGAGCACCGGUUCUGCUUUCCACGGCUUCCACCGCGACGAGUACACACGCCUGCCCGAGACCUGGGACCGCAUACUUAGCACGGAGAUCGAAGCCGGCUGGCAAUGGAAGCUCUUCAAGACGCUAGAGGAGGUUAAGGCUAUCGACUUCAACGGUGCUUGGAAGGCUGCCAGGGAUAUCACGAUGAAGAUCUUCGCCGAGGAUGACAGCGCCAGUGUUCAAGCCACCAUGUACAAGAUGGCCGACACAAUCUUGGCCACGGUCCCCCAGAUCGAGGCAGUCGACUACGCUCUGCCCAACAAGCACUACUUUGAGAUUGACCUCUCUUGGCACAAGGAUAUCAAGAACACUGGCAAGGACGCGACCGUUCUCGCUCCCCAAUCCGACCCUAACGGCCUGAUCCAUUGCACAGUCACUCGCAAGGGCACCAAGUCCAAGCUAUAGACGCACACAUCUCCUUCGAUUCGUUCAUAUUCUUACUGGCUUCUUGUACAUAGCAUC